CCCUGAGGGCUGUGCAUUUGCACUCGCGGACGCGCGCGCCCACACAGGGUCUGACUUCAGGUCAACUUUCACGCGGCUCGCGGGCGUGUGUGCACACGGCCGUGUCCGCACGCGCGUGCACACCCCCGCCUCAGGUGCCCACCUCCCGUCGCCUCCCAAAGUCUCGUCUCCUAGACCUCGGGGGCUUCUGCUCCAAACGGUGGCCUGGGGCGGCGGCGGGGGCGCGCGGGGCGGACCCCGAGGAGCGGGCGAGGCUGCCUCCCGGCUCCCCUCGCCGCCCCCGCGGUCCAACUUCCCCUCCCGAGGCCACCUCCGGACACCCCCCCGUCCACCGACGUGCGGAGCCAGGCCGCCGCCCGCCCUCCGGCCGCCCCCGCCCGCGUCCCCCGCCCCUCCUCCAGCCCUCCCCGCUCCGGCUCCUACAGGAAACCUUCGAUCACGCUCAGAAAGAAUGUGCUACAACCUCGGCGCUGCCGCGGCCGCCGACACCGCGCCCGAGCCGGAGCCGGAGCCGGAGCCGGAGCCCGAGCCCGAGCCCGAGCCGCCCCGCCUGCCCGGCCGGCCCCGGGCUCGCAGCGCGCGGUCCCCGCCGCCGCCCCGCGCUCGCCCCGCGCUUGACGCAGUGAGCGCCGCAGCCCGGCUCCCGCCGGCUCCGCUCCGCUCCCGGUCGCAGGCCGAGCCCAGCCCGGCGGGCUCCGGGAGGGGCGGGCAGGGCGCGAGGGGGAGGAGAUCUGUCUGGAGCCAGCGAGCCCGGCGGAGGAAGAGGAGGAGGAAGGAGGGGAAGCCGCCGCCGCCGCCGCCGCCGCCGCCACCGCCGCGCUCCGGGGAUCUGGGCGCGCGCGCUCCGCUCGCCCGCGACGGUGGCGCCAGCCCCCGGCCCGCACACGGGCCCAGUGGCAGCUGCCCUGGUGACCGUCCUACACUUCGUCUGGACCCAUAUCGUCCCCCCGGCUGUGGAAUGAGGAGGAGGUCCGCAUGAGCCCCGCGGGAAGGACCCCGCCAGCCUGCACUGGGACGCGCCAGGUCACGGGCGGGCCCUGACCCGAAGGACCACGGAGCUGGAGGCGAAGGGUGGAGCCGUCGGGACGCCCAGGCCGAUGGGGGAGGCGGCCUCGGCCUCGGCGGGACGCGGGCGGGUGACCCGGGGCGUCCGGCGGUGAGGGAGCACGCCCGCUGUGCCACCGUGCCGUCUGGGACAGGACGCCCCUGAGAACGCAGGCAGCCGCCCCCCCCCCCCCCCCCCAGGGGCCGGCACCCAGCCUCCCGCCCGGUCCC